GCCGCCGGCCAAGCUGGAAAUGGAACGGACGGGCCUCCGCUUGACCCUCCCUCCCGUAGCCCUGACCGGUAGGGGACCGGAGACUCUCCAGGGGCGACCCGUAGAACAGUCGAAAACGGCCUUCCGGUCCUCCGCCGACGGGCUCGUGCCUCGUCCUGGGAGAUCGGAGAAACCCGCGCUGAAGAAGACGCCCGUGGAGCCCCGGCGUGGAUUUGGGAGCCAAGAAAAAAAAGAAGAAGCAGAAGAGAAAAAAGGAGAAGCCAAAUUCCGGUGGCACCAAGUCAGAUUCUGCCUCCGAUUCCCAGGAGAUUAAAAUUCAGCAGCCUUCCAAGAAUCCGGCCAUUCCCAUGCAGAAGUUGCAAGACAUCCAAAGAGCCAUGGAACUCCUGUCGGCCUGCCAGGGCCCAGCCAAGAACAUCGAUGAGGCGACCAAACGGAAAUACCAGUUUUGGGAUACCCAACCGGUGCCCAAACUUAAUGAAGUGAUAACGUCUCACGGCGCCAUCGAGCCGGAUAAGGACAACGUGCGACGGGACCCUUACUCUCUGCCGCAGGGUUUUAUGUGGGACACGCUGGAUUUGAGCAAUGCGGAAGUGCUGAAGGAACUGUACACGUUGCUCAAUGAAAACUACGUCGAAGAUGACGACAACAUGUUCAGGUUUGACUAUUCGCCCGAAUUCCUCUUGUGGGCCCUGCGGCCUCCUGGGUGGCUGCCACAGUGGCACUGUGGGGUACGGGUUUCGUCGAACCGGAAGCUUGUGGGGUUCAUCAGUGCCAUCCCUGCCAGCAUCCGCAUCUAUGACAGCGUGAAGAAGAUGGUCGAAAUCAAUUUCCUCUGCGUCCACAAGAAGCUGAGAUCUAAGCGGGUGGCCCCCGUGCUUAUUCGAGAAAUCACUAGAAGGGUCAACCUGGAGGGAAUCUUCCAGGCCGUCUACACAGCCGGGGUGGUCCUCCCGAAGCCCGUGGCCACUUGCAGGUACUGGCACCGAUCGCUAAACCCCAGAAAACUGGUGGAGGUGAAAUUUUCCCAUCUGAGUAGAAAUAUGACUUUACAAAGAACCAUGAAGCUCUACAGACUUCCGGACGCCACCAAGACCUCAGGCUUGAGACCGAUGGAAGAGAAAGAUACGAAAGCCGUGCAGGCGCUCAUCAACAGUUACCUCCUGCAGUUCCACCUCGCCCCCGUGAUGGGCGAAGAGGACGUCGCCCACUGGUUUCUGCCACAGGACCACAUCAUCGACACGUUCGUCGUCGAGUGCUCCAGCGGGGUCCUCACCGACUUCCUGAGCUUCUACACUCUCCCCUCGACGGUCAUGCACCACCCUGUACAUAAAAGCCUCAAAGCCGCCUACUCCUUCUACAACAUUCACACGGAAACGCCGCUCUUGGACCUGAUGAGCGACGCCCUGAUCAUAGCCAAGUCGAAAGGAUUUGAUGUGUUCAAUGCCCUAGAUCUGAUGGAAAAUAAAACGUUCCUGGAAAAACUCAAGUUUGGCAUCGGAGAUGGCAAUCUGCAGUAUUACCUGUACAACUGGAGGUGUCCGGGAACCGAGUCCGAAAAGAGCUGUCGGAAGAACAUCAUGGAAAAGCAGGUGAUUAAGUCGGUCGAGGAGCGAACGUUCCAGUAUCAGGACUCCCUCCCGCCUCUGCCCGUACCGUCCCUGGAAGAGUCGCUGAAGAAAUACCUGGACUCAGUGAAACCAUUCGCCACUAAUGAGGAAUAUCAGAGAACUCAAGAAAUAGUUGCCAAGUUUCAUCGCGGAAUUGGACAGGCGUUGCACCAGAAGUUACUGGAACGGGCAAAAGGAAAAAGGAAUUGGCUGGAAGAGUGGUGGUUGAACGUGGCUUAUUUGGAUGUUCGCAUACCGUCGCAGCUGAAUGUGAAUUUCGCCGGCCCCGCGGCCCACGUCGAACACUAUUGGCCUCCAAAACCAGGCACGCAGUUAGAAAGAGGAUGUCUAUCUCUCUGGUAUAACCUGAACUACUGGCAAUUAAUAAAAAAAGAAAAGCUGGCCGUUCAUAAAGUUGGAAACGUUCCUCUAGACAUGAAUCAGUUCCGAAUGCUGUUCUCUACCUGCAAGGUUCCAGGAGUUACUAGGGAUUCAGUCGUCAACUAUUUCCGGACGGAGAGUGAGGGAGUCACCCCAAUUCACAUAGCAGUGCUGUGUCGAGGUCGUGUUUUUGUCUUUGAUGUCAUGCAUGACGGUGGUAUGCUGACCCCUCCAGAGCUUCUCAGGCAACUUACCUACAUCCAAACGACAUGCUGCAGAGAGGCUGACGGCCCUGGAGUCGCCGCAUUAACCACUGAAGCCCGGACACGUUGGGCAGAGGCACGGGACUACCUGAUCGGUCUGGAUCAGAAGAAUUUAACUCUGCUGGAAAAGAUUCAGAGCAGCCUGCUGGUCUACUCCUUAGACGAUGCUAGCCCCCAAGUGACCCCUGAGGAUUAUUCUGAGGUGCUUUCGCUGGUGCUCGCUGGAGACCCGACAGUUCGCUGGGGUGACAAAUCGUACAACCUCAUCUCCUUUUCCAAUGGAGUAUUUGGCUGCAAUUGUGAUCACGCUCCUUAUGACGCUAUGGUCAUGGUGAGCAUCUGCCAUUACGUUGAUCAGAAGAUUUUUGAAACAGAAGGAAGAUGGAAGGGAUCCGAUAAAGCCCGAGAUAUACCACGACCAGAAGAGCUCGUUUUCACCGUGGACCAGAGAGUAUUAAAUGACAUCGAAGGUGCUAAACAGCAAUACUUUAAGCAGGCAGCCGAUAUCCAGCUGGUAGGCUACGCCUUUACUACUUUUGGCAAAAUGCUCCUGAAGAAGAAACGGCUUCACCCCGACACCUUCGUCCAGCUCGCUCUCCAGCUGUCUUAUUAUAGACUCUAUGGGCGCCCGGGGAGCUGCUACGAGACGGCCACGACGAGGGCUUAUUACCAUGGCCGGACGGAGACGGUGAGGUCGUGUACGGUGGAAGCGGUGGAGUGGUGCAAGAUCAUGGCGGAUCCGUCCACCUGCCCCCUCCAGAGGCAGCAAGCAAUGCUCCAGGCGUUUGCCAAGCACAAUAAAAUGAUGAAAGAAUGUUCGGCCGGGAAAGGAUUUGACCGUCACCUCCUGGGUCUGUCUCUCAUAGCCAAAGAAGAAGGGAUGCCGCUGCCAGAACUCUAUCUGGACUCUCUCUUCUCCAGAAGUGGGGGCGGUGGAAAUUUCGUCCUGUCCACCAGUCUGCUGGGCUACCUGCGCGUCCACGGAGCGGUGGUUCCCAUGGUUCCCCAUGGCUACGGCUUUUUCUACCACAUCAGAGAUGACAGGAUCGUCGUGGCCUGCACAGCCUGGAGAUCCUGCCCCGAGACCGACGCCGAGGCGCUGACCACGGGCGUCUUCCAGGCCUUCGUCGACAUGAUGGCGCCGGUACACCCGGCCCAUCUGUAGCCCGGGCCACGGACGGACGGACGGACGGACCCCCUCCCAACCCUUCUGACCGUCUCCCACGGAGGGGCGGCCCCACCCCACGACCCUCGGCCGGGUAGCCCCCGCCCGCGUGGCCGCUCCGCGGCUCCGACGGACCGUGCCGCGGCUCGCCCGCUCGUUCCUGGCCCGGCCCUCUCGGUUAAUAAUUCUAAUAAUGAUGAUAACGAUCGUGGUGCCUAAGCACUUACUAGGUGCCAGACGCUGUACUCAGCGCUGGGGUGGCUACAGGCAGAUCAGGUAGGAGACGGUCCCCCUCCCACACGGGGCUCAAAGGCCAGUUAGCCCAGGCUGUUGAGAAAUGGGGUAAAAAGGGGGCUGAGGUGAGGACUACCUGGGGCCUCUUGGGCCGGGCCGCCCCCGCUUCUGCCGCGUCGGCGCUGCAGGGGACGGGGUCCUCCCUAUCCCCUGCCGUCGCCCUUUUCCCUGGCGAACGGGAGGGGGACGCCGGCAGGGCUCCGUCCUCGGAGAGAACCUCUCCCCGCUCGCGGGAUAUUAGCCUUCGAUUCCAAUCUUACACAAUAAAAGACCCCAGGACCCCUCA